AUGUCUGACGACGAGAGCAUGUACGAUGAGUCCAGGCAUGAAGAUGCACUUAGCCGUGUGGACUUCCAGAAACAUUUAGAUAAGCAAUAUCCGAACCGCCCUCGCAAUCGCGGCAAGACUCUUCCUUUUCACACUCUUUUCGAGGAUCUCUUCAAUCCUCUGAUUGACAAUCGGCAGAAGAAGCCAACAGCAGCUGCCGUCAACCGCAGAAAAGUAGGUCCAGAUGGCCAGUCUAAUUUGUCUCCGUCUGAGAGGCGGCGCGCCAUCAUUGAACGAUACAUCGCUCGGUGGCGAAAAGAGGUUGGCCCUGACUUCUUUCCUGCCUUUCGGCUUAUCAUCCCAGAUAAGGACCGCGAGCGCGGGGUGUAUGGGCUCAAGGAGAAGAUCAUUGCCAAACUACUUAUCAAGAUCAUGAAGAUCGACAAGAACUCCGAGGAUGGAUACAGUCUUUUAAAUUGGAAACAGCCCGGCCAGACAGCUGCAUCGCGCAUGGCAGGAGAUUUUGCGGGCCGCUGUUACGAGGCCCUUUCCAAGCGACCAAUGAGGGUGGAAGUUGGAGACAUGACUAUUGAGGAAGUCAAUGAACUCUUGGACAAGUUGUCAGCCGCUCCGAGGGAGGAGAAUCAGCUUCCGAUCUUGGCCGAGUUCUAUAAACGCAUGAACGCUGAAGAGUUGAUGUGGUUGAUUCGUGUAAUUCUAAAACAGAUGAAAGUGGGCGCCACCGAGAAGACCUUUUUCCACCUCUGGCACCCUGACGCAGAAAGCCUCUUCAAUGUUUCGAGCAACCUGCGAAGGGUGUGCUGGGAACUCUACAGCCCCGAAAUCCGUCUCCAAGAUGAGGAGGCGGGAGUCAUGCUGAUGCAGUGUUUCCAACCUAUGCUGGCCCAGUUCAAGCAAGAAUCUCUCAAGAAGGUUGUGGAGGCCCUAAGACCAACGCCUGAAGACCCUGAAUUCUGGAUUGAGGAGAAGCUAGACGGCGAACGCAUACAGAUGCAUAUGGUCACCGAUGAGGGCCAUCCGGGUGGGAAACGCUUCCAAUUCUGGUCCCGAAAAGCCAAAGACUACACCUAUUUGUACGGCAGCGGUUUUCAGGACCCCAAUGGGGCGCUCACCCCGCAUAUCCAAAAUUGCUUUGUAGAUGGUGUAGAAAACAUCAUCCUCGAUGGCGAGAUGAUAACUUGGGAUCCCAAUGAAAAAGCACCAGUGCCAUUUGGAACGCUGAAGACUGCUGCACUAGCUGAACAACGAAACCCUUUCGCGCAGGGCCACCGUCCUGUAUUCCGGAUCUUCGACAUCCUUCUACUGAACGACCAGCCUCUGACUCGCUAUACCUUACGAGAUCGCCGCAAAGCGUUAGCCGCCAGUGUGAGGAGUGAACUCGAGCGCUUCGAGAUCCAUGAAUACACUGUAGCAACGGAAGUGGAAGAUGUUGAAGACUUGCUCCGCAAAGUCGUGGCCGAAGCUUCUGAAGGUUUGGUACUCAAGAAUCCAAGAUCUAUGUACCGUUUAGACGAUCGUUCCGGCGACUGGCAGAAAGUAAAGCCAGAGUAUAUGGACGGAUUUGGAGAGGAGCUCGACUGUCUUAUCAUCGGGGGGUUCUAUGGUUCGGGGAGACGUGGCGGAAGCCUGUCCAGCUUUCUCUGCGGUCUGCGGGCCUCAAACAAGGCGGUGCGAAUGGCGAGCCAGUCUCAAAGUCAAAGCCAAAGCCAAAGUCAGCGAUGGCGUCAACAGGCCCUUGCCCAAAGCCAAAGCCAGAGUCAGUCCUCGCAACGACAGCAGACUCAAUCUCAAUCGCAACCACAGGCAGAACCCGGAGCUGAACCGUCCGAACACGAAGGCCCCGUGGAGAACUUUAUUUCCUUCUUCAAAGUCGGCGGCGGCAUGACAGCCAACGACUACGCCACGAUUCGCCACGCCACAGACGGGAAAUGGCAUCCCUGGGAUUCUCGUCGGCCGUCUGCAAAAGACUAUAUCGACAUGGGCAACUUAAGCUUGCUCAAGGAGAGGCCAGACAUGUGGAUCAAGCCUUCCGACUCGCUCGUUGUGCAGGUGAAGGCUGCGCAAGUUACAGCCAGUGAAGAUUACGGCUUCGGGAAGACGUUGCGAUUUCCUCGGUUCAUGAGACUGAGGAGGGACAAGGAUUGGAAGACCGCCCUCUCGGUCAAUGAGUUUGAAGAUUUACAAGUCAUGGCCGAGGACAAGGAGAAAGAAAAGGCAAUGAGGGUUGACCAGCAGCGCAAAGAAAAACGCAAAGCCCGCGCUGGUGGAUAUGCGAGUCGGAAGAAACCGCUUACGGUGGCUGGAUACAAUGCCAGAGACGUGAAUAGUGUCAAGUUGCCAGAGGGACCGCAGGGUACGGUCUUUGAAGGAUUGACGUUUUACAUCAUGACGGAAUCCUCUCUCCCCGGAGAUCAAAAGAAGACGAAGCUUGAGCUGGAAGCGUUGGUCAAGGCGAACGGCGGCAAAAUCAUCCAAACAGCAACUCCAACCUCUCAAGACCACGAAACCGUAAUAUGUAUUGCUUCGCGGAGAACAGUCAAAGUCGCAUCCCUCGAAAAGCGCGGGGACCAGGAAAUCGUCAAGCCGACCUGGAUCUUUGACUGCAUUGACCAAGCAAAGCGAGAUUUCUCUAGAGGAUAUGCAGAAGAGAUGGUCGUUCCAUUUGAGCCCGAACGCCACCUCUAUUUCGCACCCGACAAGAUGCGAGGGCGUUACGAGGAUAGUGUGGAUGAAUAUGGGGACAGUUUUGCAAGGGAUGUAAGCGAGGAGGAGCUCAAAGAGAUUAUGGCAAAGAUGGGCAUCGUCGACAUUGAAGAAGAGGAAAAAGAGAGGGUCCCGGAUCUCUUUGGAGUCGAGUUCCUCAACAUGAAAGGCUUUAUGUUCCAUGGACUGGUGCUUUUCUUUGAUCAGCCUGGACCCGUGGUGCAGAAGGACGAAGUGCAACCUUUCCGCCUCGACACAGAAACUACAUUCACUCCCACGACGGCGACGGCAUCUUCCCAAGCUCUUGCGCGGUUCGCGAGCGCCACCGUCCUCCCGCGCAGGUACACCACCCUCUCAUCGAUCCCCUCCGAUCUUCGAAGGACAAUCACCCACAUCAUCGCCCACCCUUCUAUCUCGAACCUCGCGGAUUUGAGGAGACAGGUCUCGCGGUGGGAAACGAGGAAGAUUCCGCGAAUCGUGGCGCGCGAGUGGAUCGAGGCUUGUUGGAAGGAAGGCACGAGACUUGACGAGGAGGCAUACAUCGCUCGCUAG